AGCUGAACCAGCGCUUCCCGCAUAUCAAGCCGUUGACGGUUCGGGCAAUGCUGGAGCAGCAUUGGAAGGGCAAGGGCAAGGGAAAUUAAGCCAAGUCGGUACUAGCGCCGGCUUGCUGCCUAGCGCAGGGCCCUUCUCCAAUGUCAGGCCUUAAAUACAUUUCGCUCAUUCCAUCAACCUUUUUGUCUUACUCCUCCUCUUCUCUCAUUGCCGACAUGUCGUUGCAGCUGCUCGAUAUUCCCGCCGAGCUAAUCAGUCUGAUCGUCGAGCGCUUAGUCGCCGGAGAAAACACGUGCGACGAAGAGCUCAUCAGAUACGAAUUAUCGCCUGAGAUCCUUCGCAGCCUGCGCAACUUAAGACUCACCUGCAGACAUCUCUCUGCCAUAGCGACGCCGGUUUUGUUUGAGCGUGUCGGCCUGUACCCCGAGGAUGACAGCGUGACGCGCUACAAACUCAUCUUGGGCGAACCCGAGCUUCGAAAACACGUGCGCUUUGUGCAUAUCAACACCCUUGACAAGGGAGAGCGCGAGAGAGAAAACGAAGGGGAAGCUGUAGUAUCAAAAAGAUACAGGCAGGCGUUACUCCGCUUCAACGAGUUCCCUCACCUCAAAGCUGUCAAGAUCCAGUUCUCUCCAAACUGUUCAGAUUCGCAUUCUUUAUAUGCGCCCUCGUGCUGGCCUCAAACCAUCGCAUUCCGUGAGCCGAUCCUGGAGGAUUUCAUCAGAACGCUCGCAGAUCCGCUUGCUCAGAAUGUCACGGAUAUUACCUUUGGAAAUCUUCAAAAUGUCAAUCAUGACACCUUGAUGCACUCAGCUGAGGCCAAGAAAGUGCUGGCACGGGCGACGUCCUUAACACUCAACAUUGUCACGGAGCGUUACGAAGCGGCACCCGAGUACGAGAUAAUCCUUGAAGAAUUGCACACCUUUUUCGAACAGCUUCCCUCUCAGUGGCUGUCUCCCGCAACGGCCAACUUGAAGCGGCUUGUGUUGCACUGCGAUUGCUACUUUGGGUAUCUACCGAACCUCGAUCUAAACUCAGUACACUUCCCGGCGUUGGAAACGCUCUCACUGAGCAAAUACACCUUUGCGCAGGAUAAGCACGUGGACUGGAUAACGUCCCACACGCGUCUACGCCGCCUCUACCUUCAGGACUGCUCUAUCCUGGUAUUUCGCGUCGUCUACGAUCCCUUUUUCGUCCCCGCGUCUAAUACCAAUGAGGUGCGCUUGGGGACACGUCGUCCUACAGGACGUGGACGGCGAGGAAGGGCCCAACAGUACACAAAGCUACGCUGGGAUGAUAUAUUGACCCGUUUUCAAAAUCGCCUACCGAAGCUAAGGGAGUUUCGCGUCGGAACCAACCAUUUCAAUAUCGAGGAUGUUUACGACACGGCAAGUCCCGAGGUAUACGAAAACAUGGCCAUUGGCUUGUUUAGAGGGCGCUAUACAUGGUUCGACGGAGAUUGGUUUAAGAAAAAUUGUCCUGUCAUACCCCAUAAGCGCAAUUUUUUGCGCAACUGGGGAGAGCUUACUCCCGAAGCAGAACAGUUUCUGGACUUUGUGGAUCCUGUGCGCCAGGAGGAGCAGGAUGAAAAAGACAAAGGCGCACUGAUGGGCCUUCUCGAGGCCAUCGGCAUGAAGGUUCCUCGUGGUGAUGAGAGCUGGGACGACAGGAUAUUCGACUUGCUUGAGCAGUAGCUUAUUCGCCUGCUACAAAUCCUCGACAACAGCGAGCCAGUCCUUACAACA